CAGUCAGCAUCAGUUUAGCGCCUUGCUACGCAACGAUAAGCAACGCCACGAAGCCCGACGGCCAGCCACCGAGUACCGGAGGUGGUAGAUUAGUUUCAAACCGCUGAUAGGAGUUCUAGUGGUCUGCAGAAGCAGCAGCAUUCAAGCGUCCUGCAAACGAAUUCGGAGUGAAAAGUAUUUUAAGCGCUAAUUGAUUUAUGCUUGCGUGUGUGUGUGUUGUGAACAGGCAAUCGAUUUAAGUGAAGUCCUGUUAGUGAAGUGAUGAAAAAUUGAAGAAUUUUAUGAGAGCAAAAGUGUGCACCAAAAAAACAGUGUCCAGAUAUCGGCAGUAAAACUAUAAACACAUACAAAAAACACAGUGUUGAACAGAGAACGAGAUCGAUCCAAGCAAACCGUGGUGAGGUUGCUAAGCGAAAAGACUGUGCAACUGUCAUCGUGAUAUAAAAAUUCAAACGAAAAAACCGUGUCUUCAAGACCCGGCACGUGUUUAGUGCGGGACAGCUUCCAAAAAUCUAAAAGACAGACUCCAUCGGAAUCGAGCGGAAGCGACGGUGAAAUCGAACCAUCACACAAUGAUUACCCAUUGGACGCUGAUCGUGUUGGUGGCGGUGGCCAUUUCGUCGGGCCCGCACUCGACACACGCCCGGCCCACGGAACCGGAAGCACCGGCCGAAAUCUAUAGCGAGCUAGCGGAGGAGUUCCAGCGCCUGCACAACCAAGAGAUCCGCUUCCUGCAGUAUCUGUCCGUCCAGGCGGAACGGCAGCAGCGCGAAGAAGCAUACCUUCAGGCGCAACGUGAACAGCAACAGCUCGCACUGGAAGCGCGCAAUUCGCUGCUGGACGACGGCGGCUCGCUGCUCGAUGAGCUGCCGCAGGAGUAUGGUGGUGCGCGGCCGGACGAGGGUGGCGCUGGAAAUGGGUCGGGGCGCAACCUGAAUGGGUUCGGGCAUGAAAUCACCACCCAAACGGAACCGGUGCAGAAGGAAAUUCCGCACCAGAAGAGCAAAAAUGAAAAGAAAAAUAAUCACUAUAUGUCGCUGUGUCACUUCAAGCUUUGCAACAUGGGCCGUAAACGCAAUCAGCGAUUUCCUCAAUUCUGGAAUUAAAGAGCAUAAACACCGUCACACAACUAAGGACAAUGAAUGUACAACGAAACAAAUUUUGCUAAAGCCCUAAAGCGCCCCAGUACUAAAAGGAUGCAAACAGUCCAGUGUCACAUUGAAGGAUAGGAGAGGUUUUUUUGGAGAUGGAACACAGAGGGAACUCCAAUAUGGUGAUAGAAUCUAAGGCAUGACGACGCACGCAAAUUAUUAACCCAGUACAGCCACAGCGCAACAGCAGCAGCGGUAGCAACAGUUUGAAGCAAACGGUAUUUGCCGGGUUAUCGUUACUAUUAUUAAGUGACACAUGGAUGAAACAAGUAGGAAAAUCUGUACUCUUUCCCUUCAAAACAAAUGCGUUUAGGUACGCGUCACGCAUCACCAAAAAAAAAACAACUAUAAACUCUCCCUACACCACGGUAAUCUUUCUCAGUAAGCGAAAACAAAAAACAAGCAAAAAAAAUGGGACAAAUUUAAAAUACUUAAAAAAAGUGCGACAACAAAAGACAAAACUUAUUUAUGAAAACUUAAAUUAUUGAUUGAACAUACUAUUGACAUGUUACUUAAAUUUAUCUAUUUGCAUAUUAACUGACUAACUUGAGGGGGGCGGUGGCUGCACCAAGAAAUUAGGGAACCAGUGGCCCUCAAUGUAUUAGAUACCAUCCAAGCGCGCACAACGUGUGCUGUAGUAGAGAAAUGUUUAGGAUCGGCAGCUACAACAAACAAACAAACAAAGGUAAACUCAUCCAAAAGAAAAAAAAGGGGGGAAUCGCCGUACCGAUGGGUACGGUUCACCAGAAACAUGAACAAGUAUUUAGAGAUUUCGAGUUGGUUUAGUUAAUUCUUUUUCUUUUCGUUUCCUUCCAAAAAUGCACCUUCAUUUUCAUGCUUACAUUACGCUAAAAAAAAAAACACGGUCUCACUUAUUGAUUAGCUUUAGUGGUUAGCGCAAUUUUAAUUCCAUGCAAUCAUCUCGGACCAUCGCUCCAAAAAUACGAGCUUCGGUUUAGAUUUAAAAUUAACGUUUGUUUUUGUCCUAAUUUCUGCGUCACGCACGAGUACGAGUACCAAAACUGCAACAAGCAAAACGAUUCGUAUUAUUAGCUUUAAUUUUGUGUAUUAUUGUAAUAUCCCUCCCUUGUAGCUCUUACGUUACGUUAUAUAACCCGUCACACGUUAAGUUACGCUUAGAACUACCGAAUGUAAUGACCGACAAAACACAGAAUAAGAAUCUUUGUGAAAAGAAGAAGAAAACAGAGAAAGCUUUGCAUUGUGCUGCUAUCAACUUCCGAACUGUAUUACUGUCUGCAUCCUAUCUGCAUCUUUACGGUAAUAGCAUUCUGCUUCAAAUAUUUGUGAUGGUGUGAAGGAUGGGAUGUGGAAAGACACGUGUUGGCUGGGGGAAAUGAUGGGAGCGAAGCAAGACUUAAUCCAAGAAGAAGAAGGAAAAAAGGAACCAUUAACAUGACAUACAUCAUGCUAUUUAUAUAAACCCAUUCCUAUCGGCUAAUGUAAUGUAUAAUCGCAAAGAACAAAGAAAAACAACUGAAACACUCAAAAAUCUGAAAUGAACCUACCGGAGAAAACACA